UCAGUGAUAAGGAGAGACUGAACUGCGUCUCCAGUCGGCCAGGGGAGGAUUUGAGGCUGGCGAAGGGUGUAAAUUCCACUACAAUCGCUCACUGGCGUUUCCCACACCACUUCCGAGCAGGAAAAUCAUCACGUGUCUCACGGACGCUCGUCGGCUGUCGCGCUCACUCCCCAAUCGAUCGCCACGAGCGCGGCCCAAAAAGCUCCGUCGCAUUUCCCUCGCUCUCCAGUGCCCAAUAAAACGUCCGAGCGGCAGCAAGCCAGCGACUCCUCGACAUCGCAGCGCUCGAUGCUUUUUCCUGGGCAAAGAUCGGGUCAGUGAGUGAGAUUCGCAAAUCUCAGCAAGUGUGCGCCAGAGAGAAAAUCCCAGUCGAAAAUUGUGAAGAGUGAAUUUCUGCCAGCACCACAAUGUCGCCGUCUGUGAGUGUCCUGAAGAGGCAUCAAGCCAUCCCAGUGCUGAACACUCGAGGAACGCACUACGAAGUGGGAUUCGAUGUGGGUCGCACCUUUGCGUCGCUGAUCAGGGAGUUUCUCACCCUGUCUGAGCCCCUGAACAACACAUACUUACCGCUGUACAACACGAGCGAAGGACGAGCUGUGUACAAUGAGACGCUGAAUUCCGUGCGCGCCUCCUUUCCCCAGUACAUCCGGGAGCUGGAGGGAACGGCCGAUGGGGCCCAGGUGGAAUUCCACAAGCUCUUCCUCCUGCACAUGGACGAUAUCACGCCGAAAGCCGUGGCGGGCAGGAAUAGUGUGGAUCAGCCGAUUGGCUGCACCAGCAUCUGCGUGAAUCAGCCCGGCGAGGAGUUGAUUGCCCACAAUGAAGACACUCUGCCAGAGGUGAUGAACUUCUUCUAUCUCGUGUCGGCGCACAUUGUGUGCGAUGAGCCGCAGGGGAAGCACAAGGUGAAGGAGGAGAAGUUCACGUCUCUCUGCUAUGCUGGACAUCUUCCUGGCUACACCAUGGGCUACAAUCACCACGGAUUGAUCUUCACCAUUAACACGCUGAGCGCUGACACGCUGCACAGUGGAAAGACUCCUCGUCACUUCAUCACUCGCGCUCUGCUCAGCGCAGACAACUUCGUGCAGGCGCAGCACAUCAUCAGAGACGCUGGCGUGGGCGCAGCCGAUGGCUGUUCCAUCAACAUGACCUUCCUGCGCCAGGAUGGGCCCAGAGUGUUCCACAACAUCGAGAUGGGCCCGGCGAAGAGCAACGAGAGUCAGCUGGAAGUGAAGACAGCCGCCAAGGGAGAAUACUUGGCGCACUGCAACAAAUACCUUCGCUUGCCGGUACCCGAAGUCACGGGACUCAUCAUUGAUUCCAGUGUGGAGAGAAUGCUGACGCUGCGCAAGCUGGGAGAGCCCAAGAAUCGCGCUGAUGUCAUUGAGAUGCUGGGCGAUGAAUCGUCCAAAAUCCACCCAGUCUUCCGUGGAAGACGUGACGAUCCAAUCAAGACGAUCGCCGUGGGAAUUUUCGAUUGCAUCGCACGCACGUGGACUCUGUACUCGGACAAUCCCAAGCGCAAUGAGCCUCUCGUUGUCCUGCCACUCGUGAUUAGAGACUAAAUAGAGAAAAAUCCCACCAGCUUUUCAUGUGAGAAAUCCCAGGUGAUUUCUCUUCAGCCGUUUUCUUAUCAAAUUCACCACUCCAAGUGAUAAGGCAUUUCAACAUAAACCCAGCAAUAUUGGAACAACGUUGCAAAAUUGUUCGUUAUUAAUUAAAUUAUAUAUCAAUGGCUAAUCGAGACUUAAAA